CCGCGUCCCUCUCUACCCGCGCGGAACAUGCAGACUGUAGUCUGUGAAAAGAAGACCCCCAAAAAAUGACAAAGAAGCUCUCAAAAUCUCCGAUGGAGUUCGAUCUCGAUUCCUUCCUCCAAUUCCACACCACCACAACCGACUCCGACUCCGACGACGCACCUAACUCCAUCCAUCGCCGUACGGUCGACGAAAUUCUCAACGACUCCUCCUCAUCCUCCUCUUCCUCUCCAUCCAGCAGUCCCGUCCGUCAGCACCUCCCCGUCCUCUCUCCAAACCCUCUCCCCCAAGAAAAGAUCCAAAUUCCCGAAACGCCCCUUCCCAUCCCUCCAAUCCCAGCCGUUGAUCAAACCCUCAAACCGCCCCACCCCGACGAAGCACCAUCUGAGCCGAAGAUCACCUCCUCCUUCAGCCGCAGGAAAUCAGGCGAAUUCUCCAGCACUUCUUUCUCCUUAGGACGGAACAAUUCCCUUCCUCUGCCCCUGCUGUUCGGAGGCAUUAAGCCGAACCCUAAGCCCGGGGCAGCACUUGCUGCAGCGGCCGCAGCUUCCCGUUCCGUUCCCACCCCUCAUGCCACCGCUAUCAAGUUCAGAAGAGCAAAGAUAGCCCUGCUUCGUCAGGGAUCUGCUGAUUCGGUCGGCGACUCGGAGACAGGAUUGGAUGACAGUGGAGGUUUUGAGCGGUUGGAAUUAGCUCCUUCUGAUGAUGUUCUGGCCGCAGAUGGAUCUGAAAGCACUCGGUUAGAUGGGAAAUCAGGAGAGGAAGAUGAUCAUGCCGAAAAUUCUGUCUCUUCAAAAACCGAAUCGAAUUUGGCAGAGGCAGUGGAGAUUUUGCACAGUGACGAUGAACUUCAAGCUGUUCAAGAGGCAGAGAUCGAACAAAGAGAAGAUCUUCGAGCAGAUGAAGAUUCAUUGGAUUCCAAUCCUUCCCCUGAGAAUGAGAUUCAUACGGUUUCAAAUUCGACUGAAGUUGUUGGUGAAAUGCGUGUCCCUACUUCGCCUCGAAGCAACAAUGCUGCUGGUGUGGAUGAGAAUUCUACAUUUUUUUAUUCUACUGAGGUCAUCGAAGAGCAUGUCCUGUCUUCCCCUCAAGAUGAGAAAGCUUCGCAGACUGAAGAAGAUUCUACAUUUCCAAGAUCUGAAAAACAUGCUAUUGAUACAAACACGUCAUCUGAUCACAAAGAUGAAGAAGAUACCAAUUUGAGAAGCGACGUGACUGAGCUUGUUGAGGACAUUUCAGUUCAAUUGGAGAGUAAGAGAGCGAGUAAAAAGAGUAGCAAGAAAUUGAGAUCGUCUAUGAAGCCGUUGGAAUUGGCCGAAGAGCUCGAGAAGAAACAUGCCUCUUUCGGUUUGCACUGGGAGGAAGGUGCUGCAGCCCAGCCGAUGAGGCUUGAGGGCAUUCGAAGGGGUCCGCCUGCAGUUGGGUAUUUACAGAUUGAUCCCUACAAUGCAAUCACUCGCAUGAUUUCAUCUCAAGCGUUCAAGCGCGAUCAUGGGUCCCCACAAGUCCUGGCGGUUCAUAUGAACUUCAUUGCUGUGGGAAUGUCGAAAGGAGUUGUUCUUAUUGUGCCUAGUAAAUAUUCCGCUCAUUAUGCUGACAAUAUGGAUGCAAAGAUGUCAGUGCUUGGGUCCCAGGGUGAAAAAUCUCAUUCGGCAGUGACUUCCAUGUGCUUCAAUCAGCAGGGGGACCUGCUUUUAGUAGGAUAUGGUGAUGGUCAUCUGACGGUUUGGGAUGUUCAUAGAGCUGCAGCUGUUAAAACAAUUACUGGGGAACAUUCUGCACCGGUAGUACAUACAUUAUUUUUAGGGCAAGAUUCCCAAGUUACACGUCAGUUUAAAGCAGUGACUGGUGAUUCUAAAGGGCUCGUUUUAUUACAUGCUUUUUCAGUGGUGCCCUUGCUCAAUCGUGUUUCCAUCAAAACACAGUGUCUUCUUGAUGGUCAAAGAACUGGAAUUGUAUUAUCGGCAUCUGCUCUUCUGUUUGAUGACUCCCAUGGGGGUGGUUUUACAUCUGCCCAAGGCAAUCCUACAGCCUCCCCCAGUGGUCUUGGGAGCAUGGUGGGGGGUGUUGUUGGAGGUGUAGUUGGGGGAGAGGCAGGAUGGAAGCUCUUCAGUGAAGGUGCUUCAUUGGUUGAAGAAGGUGUGGUCAUAUUUGUCACCCAGCAAACUGCUCUGGUGGUAAGGCUUGCUCCCAGUUUGGAAGUCUAUGCGCAGCUUUCUAAGCCAGAUGGGAUCCGGGAGGGUUCCAUGCCUUACACUGCAUGGAAAUUUGUGACACACUCACGAGGUUCCUCUACUGAAAAUAUGCCUACAGAGGCAUCAGAGAGAGCUUCAUUGCUUGCGAUCGCAUGGGACAGAAAAGUUCAAGUAGCAAAGUUGGUUAAAUCAGAGCUGAAAGUAUAUAAAGAAUGGUCCCUAGAUAGUGCAGCAAUAGGCGUGGCAUGGUUGGAUGAUCGGAUGUUGGUGGUUCUCACAGUGCGAGGACAACUCUUUUUGUUUGCAAAGGAAGGAACUGAGCUUCACCGGACAAGUUUUGUCAUAGAUAGUUCUGGAGGAGAUGAUAUCAUCACGUACCAUACUCACUUCACUAAUAGCUUUGGGAAUCCCGAAAAGGCUUAUCACAAUUCUGUAGCUGUAAGGGGAGCCACUAUAUAUAUACUAGGGCCUAUGCAUCUUGUAGUUUCUCGUCUUCUCCCAUGGAAGGAACGGAUUCAGGUUUUGCAGAAGGCAGGUGACUGGAUGGGUGCUCUCGACAUGGCAAUGAGGCUCUAUGAUGGUCAUGCUCAUGGUGUUAUCGAUCUACCGAGAACUGUUGAUGCUAUACGCGAGGCCAUAAUGCCAUAUUUGGUGGAGUUGCUUUUAUCGUAUGUAGAUGAAGUAUUUUCUUAUAUUUCAGUGGCAUUCUGCAACCAAGUUGGAAAAGUUGAACAAGCAGAUGAGCCGAAAGUCAGCAGUUCUGUGCAAGUCCAGAUUCAAGAGCAAUAUGCCCGCGUUGGUGGUGUUGCAGUAGAAUUUUGUGUCCAUAUUAAAAGGACUGACAUCCUGUUUGAUGAAAUUUUCUCCAAAUUUGUUGCUGUUCAACAAGGAGGCACAUUCUUGGAGCUUUUGGAGCCAUAUAUUUUAAAGGACAUGCUUGGAUGUCUACCUCCUGAGAUUAUGCAAGCACUGGUAGAGCAUUAUAGUAGCAAGGGAUGGUUGCAGCGAGUUGAACAGUGUGUUCUUCACAUGGACAUUUCUUCCUUGGAUUUCAAUCAGGUGGUCAGGCUAUGCCAAGAGCACGGAUUGUACGGCGCCCUGAUAUAUCUUUUUAAUAGAGGUUUGGAUGAUUUCAAAGCACCUUUGGAGGAGCUUUUGAUGGUGGUACAGAAUAACCAAAGGACGAAUGCCACUGCUAUUGGAUACAGGAUGCUUGUUUAUCUGAAGUAUUGCUUUCUAGGGCUUGCGUUUCCUCCAGGACAUGGUUCUAUUCAUCCUUCUCGCUUGCCAUUACUUAGAACUGAACUGCUGCAGUUUCUGCUGGAGAAUAGUAAUGCUCAAGGUUCGCAAGCUGUAACCAGGUUCAAGUCAUCUGCUGGAGCCUGCCCGAACAUAUGUUAUCUAUUGUGGUUGGAUACAGAAGCAACUCUUGAUGUUUUGAGAUGUGCUUUCCUUGAUGUGGAACCUUUAAAAUCAGGCCACCCUGCGGAUGAUUCAGUUGAUGCAAAUAUAAAGGAAAACAAUGAACCUGAUUUAAGUAAUGCAGAAAAUCAAAAUUUGAUGGUGCAAAAUACAGUAAACACCCUAAUUCAUAUUCUUGAAAUGGAGAUCCCUGAAGUUGACAAAUUCACUGGCAUGGAUGAUAAUGGAUCUCAAGAAGCAUGGCCUUCAAAAAAAGACAUUGGUCAUCUGCUUGAGUUCAUUGCUUGCUUCGUUGCAUGUAAAGGUGCUACUAUUUCGAAAACUGUAUUGAAUCAUAUUCUGGUGUACUUGACAUCAGAAAUUGAUCUCUCAUCAACUGUUUCCAGUCCAAAAACUGAAACUGCUCAGAGAAAAGAGAAACAGGUGCUUGCCCUAUUGAAAGUGGUGCCUGAAACAGACUGGGAUUCUUCGUAUCUGUUAGAUCUCUGCGAAAAGGUCCAAUUUUAUCAAGUUUGUGGCUUCAUACAUACAAUCAGAGGCCAGUAUCUUGCUGCUUUGGAUAGCUAUGUGAAAGAUGUGGAUGAGCCCGUCCAUGCUUUUGUUUUUAUCAAUAGCAUGUUGCUACAGUUGAGAGAGAAUGAGUUUUCUGCUUUUCAGUCAGCAGUUAUUUCUCGAAUUCCUGACCUGGUCGUCUUAAGCAGAGAGGGUGCGGUCUUUUUGGUCAUUGACCAUUUCAGUAAGGAAAGUCAUCAUAUUCUAUCUGAACUUCAUUUUCAUCCAAAAAGUCUUUUUCUUUUUCUAAAGGCGGUUAUUGAGGUUCACUUGUCUGGGACUCUCAACUUUUCUUCUUUGGAAAGAGCUCGUGUGUUGGAUUUUCCUUGUGGAAGGAAGAAUAAGGAUCAGUCAAAUGAACUUGAGGCUUACAUGGAAAGGGUCUCCAAUUUUCCGAAGCUUCUGCGUCAUAAUUCUAUUCAUGUCACUGAUGAAAUGGCAGAACUUUAUCUUGAGCUAUUGUGUCAGUAUGAACGUUGUUCGGUUCUCAAGUUCUUGGAGACGUUUGAAAAUUAUAGGCUGGAGCACUGUUUACGUCUGUGCCAGGAGUAUGGGGUCACAGAUGCAGCUGCAUUUUUGCUAGAACGAGUUGGUGAUGUCGGCAGUGCUCUAUUACUUAUCAUGUCUGAUCUUAGUGAAAAACUACACCUGCUUGAUACUGCUCUGGAAGCCAAAGUUCCUGAAAUAACUUCAGGUAGCUUAACUGAGAUGGAGCAGCUUAACGCUAUUUUAAGGAUGAAGGAGGUUGACACUGUACGUGAUAUAUUACAUGCUUCUAUUGGGUUAUGCCAGCGAAAUACCCCACGUUUAGAUCUGCAGGAGUAUGAGUCUCUCUGGUUCCGGUUACUUGAUUCGUUUUGUGAGCCUCUUAGGGAUCUAUAUAAAGAUAAAAAAAUCUCUAAAGGAAGAAAUUAUGCUGGUGCACUACCUGCAGCAGUUGGUAUUCAGGAGGACACAGAAGCAUCUAUGUAUAGAUGGAAGAUCUCAAAAUUUGACAAAGGUGCUCAUAUUUUACAAAGGGUGUUUUCUCAGUUCAUCAAAGAAAUUGUGGAAGGAAUGGUUGGAUAUGUAUCACUUCCAACAAUCAUGGCUAAGCUUCUGUCUGAUAAUGGGAGCCAGGAGUUUGGUGAUUUUAAACUCACAAUAUUGGGAAUGCUAGGAACAUAUGGCUAUGAGAGGAGAAUCCUGGACACAGCUAAAUCUUUAAUCGAGGAUGAUACAUAUUAUACAAUGAGCUUGCUCAAGAAGGGGGCGUCUCAUGCGUACGCCCCACAGAAUUUUACAUGCUGUAUAUGCAGUGGCUCCCUUACCAAAGAGUCUUCAACCUCGAGCAUUCGAGUAUUCAAUUGCGGUCAUGCAACCCAUCUUCAUUGUGAAUAUCAGGAAAAUGAAGCGUCUAACCGGGAUAACCCAGCUGGCUGCCCUAUUUGUAUGCCUAAGAAGAAGAAGUCACGUGCUAGGAACAAAUCGGUCCUUGUGGAGAAUGGAUUGGUAAACAAUUAUUUGUCAAGACCUCAAUCAGCACAAGGAAAGACUACCGCUCAGCACAUACAUGAAUCCGAUGCAGUAGAGAAGCCAUAUGGGCUCCAGCAGAUGUCACGGUUUGAAAUCUUGAGUAAUCUUGGGAAACCCCAGGGAUCCCUUCAGAUAGAAACCUUGCCUCCAUUGAGGCUCACACCACCGGCAAUUUACCAUGAAAAGGUUAAGAAGGGAUCUGAUUUAUCAACAGGAGAAAGUAGCAAGAUGCCAGUGAAAAGCGAAAAAACAAGUAAAAUCAGGCAGCUGAAGGAGCUGAAAACAAAGGGUUCAUCCUCAAUUCGGUUCCCUUUAAAGUCGAGCAUAUUUAGUACUGAAAACAGAAGACGGUGAUAAGAUUCUUGUGCGAAGCCGCUGAUAGAUUGACAUACAAUGGCGGUGCUUCAUCUGAACCGUUUGAAGGUUGAGCGGUUGUGCUUCUGUCCAAAGGCAUUGUUGUACAUUUGAGUUGUAGAAAAUUAGCUUUGUUUUUGUUCUGUAUAUAUGGAUCGGAUGCAUACUCAUCAGGAGGAAAGGAAAAGGAUGAAUCAUCAUGAAAGAGAAAGCAAGGAGCUGGUUAUAGAUUUCUGUAAAUCCAGGAUGAGAGAUGAAAUAUGGAUGGUCACAUCCGUAAAUUAAUGGA